AUGGCCGUUGUGGGUUCCGCGGGUAUCACCACUGACGAUCAGACGAACGCAACGGAGCGCCGUGCCGGAGGUGAGUUCGUUCGUGGGGUUUCAAGCGCCCGGUCCUUCAUAGGCAGCGACGAGUUUCCGGCAGAAUCCGGCCGAUACCACUUAUACAUUGCCUUCAACUGUCCCUGGUGCCACCGGGUUGCUCUGGUUCGGGCAGUCUUGGGUCUCGAGGAUGCGAUCUCCAUGGAUGUGUGCUUUCCGGGGCGCACCACCAGCGCCGACGAGCGAGGUGAGAAUCUCUGGCGCUUCGCUCCCGAAGGGGCCACAGGGCAAAACGGUCGCCAUGUCACCUUCCCAGAAUGUACGGCCGACACCGUGGGUGGAAAGAAGUACAUCGUUGACAUCUACGCCGAGUCGGGGCUGGAGCAGAAGUCAAUACCCAUCUUGUACGACAAGGUCUCCCGGAAGGUGGUGAACAAUGAAAGCGCGGAGAUCAUGCGCAUGUUUGAGACGGUGAUGUUGCCAUAUGCCAAGCGCCCCCUCGAGUUGUACCCACCCUCGCUGCAGCAAGAGGUCGAGGAGACCAACACCUGGUUGUACACAGAUAUCAACAAUGGAGCCUACAAGGCGGGGUUUUCCUCGAAUCAAGACGUUUAUGAGACGGCUUUUGCGGCAUACUUCGCAGCCCUAGACCGGCUCAACGGUUUGCUGGAGGGCAAGGAUUUCAUCCUCGGGGCAGUGACAGAGUGUGACCUGCGGGCCUUCACGACACUUUGGCGCCAUGAUCCCGUGUAUCACAACCGCAUGAAGCUCAACCAGGCCUUCUUGUUCGAGUAUGCCGGGGUCUGGAAGUGGAUGGGCCGCAUGAUGGCUCUUCCAGGAAUCGAGAGUGUUGUGCAUGAAGGCAUCCUUGCCCACGCCAAGCAGGGAUACUUCGGGCGAACGGGCAACGGCACCAUUCCCAUCGGCCCGAAGGGGUACCCGCAGUGCUACGGCAAAGCGCGGCCGUGA